CAAAACUUUUCCAAAGUAGGGGGCUUUUGUAGACCAAACAUUUUAAGGAAUUUUGGUAAAAGGCGCAAAUCAAAAAGUUGUAUCAUUGCUGAGAUACUGAUAUUUUACGAAAAGCCCUGAAAAACGUAGAUUCCGCCAUCUUGAAAAUUUGCCAACUUUAAACUCUUCUAACGCAGUAACAACAGAUUACUUAACCUUGGCGAUUUUCCCAUAAGUAGCAGAUAGUGUCUACUACAAAUCCACGCAACCGCGAGCUCAAAACAUGCUUUCGUUAUUUUGUAAUAGAUGCCGCACUAAGAGCCCAAAUCCAAACUAUUGUCUCGCGGUUGUUAUAUUUUCUGCGUGAUGGCCCUGUAUUUACAAGCCUUUGCUUUUUUUGUGCUUUCCUUUUGUGCUUUUUUUUGUGAUCGUUUGAUACUUCUAAGCUUAAAAUCUGUACUUCGGCUUGAGACUCGUCUAGCUGUUGGGCUAACUGCAGUACAGGUUAAAGAAAAUACGAAAGCAGUCGGGCUGGAGGCUCGUGUUCGAGUAAGAAAGCAUUAUUUAGAAGUAUUUCGUUAUUUCAUUGUGCUUUUUAUAGCUCAAAUAAGCUGGACUGAGGCCGGCAUUUUCGGAUAUAAAAGACGCUUAAUCCCAGGUUUCUAUUGUUAGAUCUUUGCCCUGAAUUCUAACCUAAAUUCCUAUCUUUCUGCAUGUCAGAUGGUUUUUAGAGCAAAGGGCAUAUUCAGUCUUCAAAAGUAAAACAAGUUUACGAGGAGGCAGCGUCUCUAUUGACGAAUACGCCUGUGUAAAUAAAGCCAACUAUUUUCAAAUUUCGCGCUAUUCCGGUUCAAAGGGCAAAGUGCACUGCGUACAGCCUACAAUUCAGAUUUACACUAUGCUUUACAGGGCAAAGAUCUAACAAUAGAAACCUGGGAUUAAGCGUCUUUUAUAUCCGAAACAGAUCCUAAAUGUAUUCUUAUCUUCGAAUGUUAGCGCAAUAUUUAGAAUCUGUACACUUUGAAUCCUUUUUGCAGAAACCAGGUUGUGGAUGGAAAAGGAGACUAGACGCGUACAUUAUAUAUGCACUAAAAAGAUCUCAUUAACAACAUUGCGAGAAGAUGGAUAAUUAAUUAGAGCGAUUUGGCGCCAAACGACCGCUUGUGAUUCGCGCUCAAGUCUAUUUCUGUUGCAUCUGGCGGAAUAAUUAUAAUUAGGAGUUCUUUUCAAUAAACAUGCAAGAAAUUCCGCGUUUUUCCAUUAUUUUGAGUAAAGCAAGCGCUUCGACGUAGAAUUUUAGGCAUAUCAAUCACCUUGAAUUUCUAUUGGUUAGCGUAAGAAACAAAUAAAAUAGUUGUACGCAUCGUGUAUUUUAAAGGCUAUUAUAAUUGCGUAUUCCGCAAUUAUUCAGUACAUCUUAUUCCAAAGACAAGUUAAAUAACGGCUAAAUCAUAAUAUCAAAUUACUCCACUAAGAGCAUAAAGCCGUAUACAGCAAGGUAGCCAAAAGGCGGGGUAUUCUUCCUUCUUCCAAUCAAAUGCUUUUCAUCCGUGAAGUGAGAUGCGAACUUUGAGUGCUAAGUUAUUCGGAUUCUCCAUGUACCACAGUUCAUACCUAGCUGAUACCUUCGUAAAUUCAUGAAACCUUUUGUCUCAUUUACCCCUGAAUUUUUCUUACCAUACAAAAGCAGAGCAGCUUUCGUUCCUUCCGACGUGCAAUGAGCAACAGUGCAUAAAUAUCAUUUAACAGUAGCGUGUGCUUUCUGCUCUUAAUCGCUAAACGAGUAAGCAAGUCAGCAAAGAAACUAAUCGCAGCCGUCAUGCAGCCAAUAAACAUGCCAAAAGAAAGAAAGAGCGUACGUAUUGUGGUAGUUGUUGUUAAUUGAACUGUUGACGCAAGUGAUGUAGCUGUGGAUUUUAAGUCAAAAGAAAUAAAUACACAUAAACUUUUGGGUCUUACACUCCAUCAACUGGAUGUGAAAUCUACCUGCUACUGUAAUUAUUACAUUGGUCGUAGUUUGAAGUGUUGUUGCUGAUGAAGUUUCUGUUGAAGCUAAAAUUCGCUUGGUCGAGGUAGCUGCAAUGAGACGAAUUUUGACACAGUACCGUUUCUAAUAUUGAAGCUGGAUCUUACAGGUUUUCGAUCAUGUUGAAUCUAACGGUAUCAGCAAUCUUUUUGGCUCCCUUACGUCAUAAUGGGAUUCCAGAAAACCGAUUUUUGCGCGCUGAGAUUUUACCAAGCACUUUUUCUUAGAACAGUCUUAGACAUUGAAGUCAAGCAACCAUAUAGGCCUUGUAGAGCAUACUGUCUUUACGCAUUGUGUAUUUUAAAGGCUAUUAUAAUUGCGUAUUGCGUAUUUUAAAGGCUAGUUAUUGGCAGCGCUGAUCAUCUUGGCAAUAUUUGUUUUUAGAAAAAAUUUAACAAUCUCCCGAAAAGCAAGUGUUAGGAAAAUUAGGGUUUCGAGCCUGUUCCAAGGGGGAAACACCGUACUUUCCGCUACUCCGCGGAGUGAACUUUCACUCCGGUUUACUCCGUCACUCCAGUUCGCUCCGGAGUGGGCGGAGUGACAAGUGGUAUAACUCUCGUCUCUCACAUUUGUUGAUCGGCUUUCUUCUCAGCAAUAGUAUGCACAGCACUAAUGAAUGCUAACAAUCCAAGUUCUUAAAAUAAGUGAUAAUCAUAUCAGCAAAUAUCGAGCAUUGCUGUGGUGAAACUGUUGCUACUGGGCUCAAUCAGGCUUCCUUUGUAACUAUAGAUAACAGUGGAAAUCUUUUCGUUUCUGAUUCAGGAAAUUAUCACAUUACGAAAUUUAUACUUGGUUCAACAACGGGAACGGUAGUUUAUGAUGGUAGUGGUAGUAAUGUCAAUCCUCAAGGUGUUCGUAUUGUUAGUGAUGGAACGUUGUAUUUUGCUGAUGGUAGUAAUUCUGUUGUAUUCAAAUUAACCAAUGCAACAGGAAAUGCUACAAUUGUUGCCGGUGAAUUUGGUGUGGCUGGUUCCCCUCCAUCUGAGUUUAAUAUGCCGACCGGUGUAUAUGCUGAUAGUCGCACAUUUUAUGUUGGAGAUUAUAUAAAUAAUGUAGUUAUAAAAUUUUUCUCUAAUUCAACCAGCGGAACUAAUGGAACCGUUGUUGCAGGUAAAAUAAUAUAUCACUUUAAUCAUUCACUCAACAGGCAUGAUAUGCGAUGGAGAAGAAAGACGUUUGUCUUCGUUCCAGAAAAGCACACUUAAUAUAAUACUCAUUAUCAGCAUCAAAUUCUCAAUUGAACGAUGUGGUAGAAAAAUCAGAGAAAAAUCAUUUUUUCAAUCUUCCAAGGAAGUGUUAGAAGCGAAACUUUUUCGAACAAAGUACAAGUCAACAUUUUACAUUUUCUCUACCUGAACCAUUAAAAAUGUGGCAUUUUAAUCGACGUUUUUCUAUCGUUGUUUGAGGAAGAACGUGAAAAGUUGGACGAUUAUGCAUUAUAACUAACAAGAGAAACUCCGAUUUCAAUGAGCUUUUGUCUGUAGAUACUAUAUAGAGUGCUAGUAAGAAUCCUAAAAGGAUUUGGGUUCAUAUUGGUUCUUUCAAAAGUUAUGAAUGUUUUAUAACUUAGCAAAGAAUUUGAGGGAAGGCUGAAAUUUUCUGUGAUUAUAAAUACAGAAAAAAUGUUCACCCUUUCACAUUGUGUUUUGACUCUGGUAUCGAAUUUUUAAUAACUUAUGCUAUGCGAUGUAUGGACAAAAUAAAAACAUUCAUAACUCUUGAAACAAGCAGCACGAACCCAAAUCCUGAAUAGUAUCUAUAGGCAAAAGAUCAUUGAAAUCGGAGCUGGAUAUCUGGGGAGGUUCCCUCGUAAGUCUUUAUCUCAAAAGCUAUGCAGUCACUCCUUUUCCAAAAUAUGACCUUACAAAUGAAAGAACAGGGUCAAAAUUAGAAAAUACCUCAAAAAGCAGGAGAACUGGCCAUUAUUAUGCCUUUUUUAAUACUAAAACAAGCAGAUAUAAGCAUAAGAUAGCCAUAUUCGUAAUCAGCUAUUUGAGAUCAGAUAUUACUAUACUUGUAUAUAAGGUGCGGGUAAUUCAAAGUUUCCGUGACUUUUCGAUUUGUUUAAAAGAUACAUCAUUCGAUAGAGCUCGUCGAGCUCUACAAGAAUAUGAGGUUUAAAAAAUUUCUAACCCCUUUCUUCGUGA